UUGAUUUACAUUUAUUAAAUAGUCUUAUAUGUACAUGUACAUGUAUAUCUGCUUCGAAUUAAUCUUAACAUGUAUUUGAAAGUAUGGAUAACCAUUGUUAUAUCAUCUUUUGUCUCUAAAGGUCAAGCCAACUGUGAGUUUCCUUGUGAGUUGAGAGGUCAAACAUUCAACAUUCAUUUUGAAGGCAAUGGUUUUCGUCUUGGGAAUUGGUCUUUUGACAACGACGGAAUCUCUAGUUCAUUGAAUAUAGUUGGAACAAUCAGGAAUACAACAUGUUUUCGCCGUGCAGGAAGAUUCCUCAUUUUAAGGGACAAUAACGUGUACCAAUGUUAUGUGUUUGACUUCAAAAGCAGUGGGAACACAACUCAAGUCAAUUUUGCAAUUGGCAAUUAUGGUGACGAGAACUUUGAUUUUUGUCAAGUUUGUAGGUUUCCUGUCAAUUUCACGUUUGAAUAUAUAGCUAUAGCACCGGGAGCAUCAUUUACUUCCUCGGGAAUCCUUCCGUGUUCUUUGCCAUCAUCAUGUGUAGGAAGAGAUACGUGUAGUGUAACCGAUUCGAUACCGGAAGGAUGUCCACCUAUGACUACCAACCAAUCAACAACAGCUAGCCAAGCAGACACUACAACUACAACACUAACCGAGGCAACCACUACUAAAAAAAGAAAACGCUGUGACAGAAAGAGAUAUCGUCACUGAAAACAUCAGUUACAUGGCUGACAGAUGAAAUAAAAUAUUGUGCUGUCAACAUAACACCUAAUGUCACUUUGUUAUUUUUUGUCUUCUCAAUGACUUGCCUUUGUUAUCCUUUAACAAAUAAUGAAUCUAUCAAUCAAUAAAUGGUUUGUUUCCAUUA